AUGAAAGCAACAGGUGCCUUUGUACUUCUUUCUCUGGCCUUCUUCUGCUUCUUCUCAGAUGUCACCAGCCAAGGAGGAGGGAAGGUGGACUGUGGUGAAUUUCGAGACCCCAAGGUAUACUGCACCAGAGAAUCUAACCCCCAUUGUGGCUCUGAUGGCCAGACGUAUGGUAACAAAUGUUCCUUCUGUAAAGCAAUGGUGGAAAGUGGUGGAAAGGUGACAUUAAAGCAUCAGGGAAAAUGCUGA